AUGGAGACCUCCACACCGCCAGCUGCGCAGAAAAAGGAGUGCAAGGGCUCCAGCCUGGAGGGAAACAGCUUCAGCGACCUUCCAAAAAAAACCUCUCCCUCAGCAUUGGCCAGAGGGCCUCACCAUAUAUUUCCAACCUUCCACACUCCUAUCCCGAUCGACAUGCGACACCAUGAAGGACGAUAUCACUACGAGCCACAUACUCUCCACACUAUGCAUGGGCCUCCUGGAUUGACGAGCAACCCUGUCAUCUCUGACAUUUCUCUGAUCCGACUGUCCCCCCACACCGGGGCUACAGGAGAGUCCCCGUUCAGUCCUCCACACCCAUAUGUCAGUCCCCACAUGGAGCAUUACCUGCGCUCUGUCCACGGGAGUCCUACUCUGUCUAUGAUCUCUGCUGCCCGAGGACUCAGCCCUGCAGAUGUGGCCCAUGAGCACUUAAAAGAGCGCGGUCUCUUCGGCCUCCCUCCACUACCCCCCGGAGCCAGUCCUGCUGAGUAUUACCACCUGAUGGCCAGCCACAGGAACCCCUACGGAGAGCUCCUCAUGCAGGGGGCCAGUGCUGCCGCGGCAACCACACACCUGCCCGACUACAUCAGCCCUGUGGACGUGUCCCGUUUCUCAAGUCCCCGUCUGACACCUAGACUGAGUCGCAAGCGAGCUCUGUCCAUCUCCCCACUUUCGGACGCCAGCAUUGACCUACAGACCAUGAUCCGUACCUCCCCCAACUCCCUGGUGGCCUAUAUCAACAACUCCCGCUCCAGCUCAGCGGCCAGCAGCUCUUAUGGCCACCUCUCUGUCGGAGGCAUCAGCCCUUCUUUUCCUUUCCCUCCUUCCAUAAACCCGGUGGCAUAUCAGCAGCUCCUGUCCCAGCAGAGGGGUCUGAGUGCUUUCGGUCACACCCCUCCCCUCCUCCAACCCUCCCCCACCUUCUCCGCCCGUCAGCACGCGCUGGGGAUUUCUGCCCUCCCCACCUCUGCCCAGAACAAUGACACAGAGUCAAAGAACACAAGUGGAGAUUCAGCAGUCAGCAGCACGGUGAACCCCUUGAUCACCAAAAGGUCAAAGGUCAAGACAGAGUUGGAGGGUCCUCGACCUGUGUCCCCCUCUUCACCAGAUCAUAUGGGGAGCAUGCUGGACCUGAAGGAGGACUUGGACAAGGAUGAAUGCAAGCAGGAACCAGAGGUGGUGUACGAAACAAACUGCCACUGGGAGGGCUGCACCAAGGAGUAUGACACACAGGAACAGCUGGUGCAUCACAUCAAUAAUGACCACAUCCAUGGGGAGAAGAAGGAGUUUGUGUGUCGCUGGGAGGAGUGCUCACGGGAGCAGAAGCCUUUUAAAGCCCAGUACAUGUUGGUGGUUCACAUGCGCAGACAUACUGGAGAGAAACCACACAAGUGUACUUUUGAGGGCUGUUCUAAAGCAUACUCUCGUCUGGAGAACCUGAAGACCCAUCUGAGAUCUCAUACGGGAGAAAAACCCUAUGUCUGUGAACAUGAGGGCUGUAACAAGGCGUUUUCCAAUGCUUCAGACCGUGCCAAACACCAAAACCGCACACACUCUAAUGAGAAACCCUACGUUUGUAAAAUACCGGGCUGUACCAAGCGCUACACAGAUCCCAGCUCCCUCCGAAAACACGUGAAGACCGUGCACGGGCCCGAGGCGCAUGUGACCAAGAAACAGCGCGGAGACGCACCCCCGCGACCCCAGCCGCCGAGGGAGAACGGAGAAAACGAGGCCGACACCAAGCAAGGAGGCCGAGCUUCUGAGGACAAGGUUGAAGCCAACAGCACAACCAGAAGCAUGGAGGACUACCUCCAGGUCAAAUCUAUCAAGACAGAAAGCUCCGUGAUGUAUCAGUCCAGUCCUGGUGGCCAGUCGUCAUGUGGCAGCCAGCCAUCACCACGUGGCAGUACCGCCCACCAUGACAGUGGAGUAGAGAUAGGCUUGGCCAGUGGGGGAAGCAUGGGCGACCUGACUGCUCUGGACGAGCCUCCUGUGGUUGACUCCACCGUCUCCACGGGAACGCAAUCGGUCGGCCUCCACCUGCGCAAAAACAUGAGCACCUCCCACAGGCUUCACCACCUGAAACAGGAGAAACUGAAAACCGUGAGGAACUCAUGCUCCUGGGCAAACGCGGCAGCUCCAGACCCUUACACCAAGCUGCCGCCUAUACCAGGCAGCGGUUCCUUACUGGAGAGUUCUGGCACUCUUGGUGGUCCCACAGUCCCGUUCCCUGACCCUCAUCUGGCUGAUUUUUGCCCUGGCGAGACGACGUUGCUGAGUCAGCAGUUGGGUCGGCGCGACAGCACAACAAGCACGAUGAGCUCGGUGUACACACUCAGCCGCCGCUCCUCAGGAAUCUCACCCUGCGAUUCUAGCCGCCGUUCGAGCCAGGUGUCACAACAUGCAUCUCGCCUUAACAAUGUCAGCUCGGCCGACUCGUACGACCCCAUCUCCACCGACCUGUCCAGGCGCUCCAGCGAGGCCAGCCAGUGCAGCGGCCUGCCAAGUUUACUCAGUCUCACCCCAGCCCAGCACUACCGACUGAAAGCCAAAUACGCUGCAGCUACCGGUGGUGCCCCGCCCACACCACUGCCUAACAUGGAGCGUAUGACUCUAAACAAUCGCAUGUCCCUGUUGGGAGACUCACAUGAAGCUCCCACAUACCCUUUCAAUGUCCCCAGUGUGCCCAGGCGAUGCAGUGACACCAGUUACGCUAGCAGCACUGUCCUUCCCCACGAGGUGCCAGGGAGAAUCCCACGACGGGCGAGUGACCCAGUGAGGCGGCCUGCUGUGGAUUUAUCAGCUCUCCGCCAGGUGCAGCGCUUCAACAGCAUGACCAACGUUCACCCAGCCCCACCCUUACAUGCCACACGCCACCACCUCCCUCCGCACGGCUGCACACACUCCGACAGCAGCCUACACCAUCACCCCUACAUCCCCCGACCUCCUAGCAUCUCUGAGAAUGUUGCCAUGGAGACCAUCGUGAGUAAUGGAGACAAUCAGACCUGCGAUGAAGAGAUGAUUCUUCCAGAUGACAUGAUUCAGUACAUUACAUCUCAGAGCACAGAUUCUAUCCAACAUACCGCAGGGUCUGGGUCCAGGUACAGCCAUCAAACGCAGCAGGCUUUCCAUGGCGACAACAUGCAAGCACAGUCGUGUUAUUACCAGCGACGGAUGGCUGUGGUGGACGGAAAUGCAAAUACUGUAUAUCGACAGGGCGUCACUUCCUGUCAGAUGACUCCAAGGUCACAGCAGCCAUCUCCUAGAAACAGUAAAAGCCACAUGCCGGUGCAAUGGAAUGAGGUUAGUUCAGGCACGAUGGAGAGCUCCCCCAGCCAGGCCAAGCCACAGGUCAACCUCUCUCUGCUCCAGCAAAAACAAAACUUUCAGAACCUCAGCUCAAACCAACAAGUCGGGUCUAUGAGUCAGAACCUUGCACAUGCUGCACACCAGAGUUAUAUGCAGCAGAACACAGAGUUUAUGCCCCAAAGGAUGACCUGUGCACAGAUACAAAAACAACAGCAGCCCUCUAUAAACCAUAAUGAGCACAUUAGCCAACGGCACAACAGCUAUAACCAGGACAUGAACGGUAAACAGCAUCGCCCCUGUGCUCACAUGGCAGGAGGCACUGUGGGCUUGUUAAGCAACACUAGUGAAACUCAGAUAGGUCAGAGCCCAGGUAUGCACAACGGCAGGUUACGGACUCAGCCGGUGGGCAGUCAAAACCAUGUUACUUUCCAGAAUAAUCAAGGAAAUUACUCCCAGAUGAACACCAACCACAAGAGUUAUAGUGCGCUGUCCCAGAAUGGAAACCAAGGCCUUCUGCAGCCAAGGCCACCCCCAGAACCAAAGCCGUAUAACAGACAGCAGUCAGGACCAAGUACAACCACACAGCAGCAACCUAUACUCCCACAGUCCAACUUUAGCCCAGGCUUCAGGAUCUCUGAGGCAAGUCCCAAAAAACCAGGCAGUGUAGGGUUCACUGGCACAAACAGCAGUGAUGCCACAAACGGUGAGAAGUCUAUGUUCUACACAGGACAGAUUCACAUGUUUGAGCCUGGAGACCUCAACAUGCAAAUGUCUCAGUGUGGGAGAGAUGCAGUGUUGGAUGCAGCGCAAUAUGGCUCGGCGAACACGAUUGCAGCUGCCGUUGCAUCCCCGGGAACCAAUCAGGUUUCAAGCACCGUUGACUCGUCCCAGGGGGUGGAACAGCCACAGAUAGACUUUGACACCAUGCUUGAUGACGGUGAUCACUCCAGCCUCAUGUCAGGAACUCUCAGUCCCAGCAUCCUCCACAGCCUAUCCCAAAAUUCCUCACGCCUCACCACACCCCGUAAUUCUGUGACGCUACCCACAGUGCCAGCAGGCAUUGGUAACAUGGCUAUUGGAGACAUGAGCUCCAUGCUGACUGCUUUAGCCGAGGAAAGCAAGUUCCUCAACAUCAUGUCUUGA